AUAUUUGUGUACGAUAUCAGGUAAUUGCCCUUCAUGCUUGGGACACGUAUGAGAUACGGUCUACCCAAACCACCCAUAAUCUUACUCCUAGUUCCAUUCUAAGAAUCUUUACUUACAUUUAGUUACAUCAGGUAGCCAACGUAUGUCCAUCCGCGAGGGCCAAGGUAAGGCUGGUUUGAUAUGACGUUGGCCAGAUCCACGAUACUUAAAACCCUAGUAAUAAUUUGGCCAGGUAUUUGCAAGACGAACUUUCUGUUGAUCUCUCAACGAAAUUACUAACGAUGGAUGCUUUUAAGUGACAGUUUACCUAGAUGAAGGACUACGAUGGUUUUAUCAUCAAAUACAAUUUUGUUAACUGAUCAAAUUACCAAUUACCAAGCAUCUCAAAUAGCAACGUGUUAUCAAAGUAGUACAUAUAUCUAUGCUUGGUAAGGGUCAUGUUAGCAUCAUGCGGCACAGAAGGAAUAGUUCGCAUUUGCUAGCACCUAAUAUCUGGCCGAAUCCAGCCAUGUUGGCUUGUUAGCGGACGACUUAUUUUUUAUAAGUCCCCAACUCAACCGUCCGUCCAUUUUCUUAAAGAGGAGUAACAAUUAACUCCCAACUAAGGCUUGACGACUUAUUACCAAAAAGUUUAUGUCCGUCUGCUCUGAUAUCUGGCCUCUCACCAAUUCUUCGGUAAGGUAAGAGAGGUUAAAACCGAAUAUGUCUUCAAGACGAACCCGCAGGACGGACCAGGAUAUCUUCACACGCCCGGGUCCGGAAGCCGUGACUUAUGACCUCUCGGUGCGCGAUCAGGCCACGAUCCGGGUCCCGGUUGGCUCUGCAUGGACAUCCGGACCCCACUGGCAUAACUCGCAUACAGAGUUUCUGCAGGUACUAGCCGGUCGCGCGCGCGUCACGCUGUCCGGUCGGAUAUUUUGCGUCGGUCCCGCUGACGGUGUGGUCACGGUGCCACGGGGCGCGGUACAUGAGUGGCGCCGCGCCGACCGGGAAGAGGACGGGCUGGGGGAAGCUGGACAAGAGACGGGGGCGGAUACGGAGGAGUUGGUCGUGAGAGAAUGGACGGAGCCGAAAGACGGUGCCAAAGAGAUGUUCUUUCGGAACUUGAACGGGAUUAUCCUGGAUGCUACCGCGGGGGGUGCUUGGGGCGAGGCGCUCGUAACGCUUGAGCUGUGGAAUUUGUUCUGGAGAGCGGAUAAUUAUCCGGUUACCGUGGGCGUGAGGUGGGUUGGUGGUGUGGCUACUAGGGCUGCGAUGGGGGCUGCGGUUGCGAUGGGGUGGGUGUUGGGACGGCGGGGGGUGUAUGAGGAGUAUGGCUCGAAGUGAUUCUAUCUUGUGGGUAUAAGGACUGCUGGGUAUGGGUUUAUUUUCAUUGGGAUAUGAGGCGUUAGGCGUGCUUUUGAGGGUAUGAAUUAAGAUUUAAUGUUCUUUACCCGAUAGUUGGUGAUGCUAUGCGUAAUGUAUCUAGCU